ACUGCGUGGCACAGUUUUUUUAUUUUUAUUGAAUGCGCCUUUUGGGUCGUCACUUUAGGCUGACUCAGAUUACCUCGUGCUUGUCAAAGUGAGCCGCUUCAUUAUUAACUGCAAGUAAACAGACUUCCCCUCAGCUUUUGUAACUUGGAAACUCGCGAGGACAAUCGCAACAUCUUCACAACCGUUACUUUGUUGCUCGUUGAGUAUAACUGGAAAGCAGCGGGGAAAGUCACGGUUCGAGAUCUUGUAUCCCAGCCUGUGCAGUCAAGGAAAUCUUUAUAUGAGUUGUGCAUGAAAACUUGCGCAACGUAGCGGAAAUCAACGUCUCCAUCCACCCUAAAGAGUCACACGCAGCCUUCUGUGUGUUUGCUUGCACCUGCCAACAUGACACGAAGAUCCUGUGCGAUUUAUGCGGUCGGGAUCAUCUGCGCUUCCCUGCUGGCCGUUGGGGUUGGCUUAUUUGUGGGUCAAGUUUUCCGCACGUUAAUGCACAACCGCCUCAAAAAGGAGAUCGUUUUGGUUGAGGGCAGCCGUGUGUUUGCGUCAUGGAAAAGCCCUCCCCCUCCAGUCUACAUGGAGUAUUUCUUCUUCAAUGUGACCAAUGUGGAUGCAUUCCUUGAAGGGUCCAAGCCAGAGGUCAAGCAGGUUGGACCCUACACAUACAGGGAGUACAGGUAUAAGGACAAUGUGAGCAUGGGGGAAAAUGACAAGAUGGUGUCUGCAUACAACUACAAGAGUUUUGUGUUCCUGAGAGAGAAGUCUGUGGGUGACCCAGCUGUGGAUGUCAUCAACACUGUCAACAUCCCAGCUUGGGCUGUAAUGAACAAGUUGAAAGGGAGUUUCUGGAAGGCCCCUGUGAUGUCCGUCUGGAUGAACUCCAUCGGGGCCGGUCUCUUUGCCACUCACACUGUGGAUGAAUGGCUGUGGGGCUACGUAGAUCCCCUGCUCGUCCGCAUAGCUACCAGCAGUCCUGAAGUGGACACGGUCUUUGGGCUCAUGUACAAGAAAAAUGGAAGUCACUCCGGGGAAUUUGUCUACCACACUGGGAAGGAGAACUACAUGGAUUAUGGCCGUGUCAAGACAUGGAAAGGCGAAAGCCAGGUGACCUUCUGGAAUUCUAACCAAAGCAACAGCAUCAAUGGAUCAGAUGGAAGUGCUUUCCAUCCCCUGCUAAACAAGAAGGAACGCAUAUACAUAUUUACUCCAGACCUCUGCAGGUCAAUCCACAUGGAGUUUGAGAAGGAUGUCGAGGUGAAAGGAAUCCCAGCGUACCGCUUCACACCACCACGCUCCGUUUUUGCCAGCAAAGAGGAGAACCCAGCCAACGAGGGUUUCUGCGUCACCCCAAAGGAGUGCCUGGGAACUGGCCUUCUUAAAGUCAGUCCCUGUCGCAAAGGUGCUCCGGUGGUCGCCUCCUUUCCUCAUUUUUACCUGGCAGACAACAAAUACGUGGCGGCCAUUGAGGGGAUGUCCCCGAAAAGACAGCAUCACCAAACGUUCCUGGACCUUAACCCGACCACCGGAGUGAUUGUACGUGCAAACAAGAGAGCCCAGAUAAACAUCUUACUCAGCAGAAUCUCUGGAUUCCCGAAAACUAGAACCCUGAAUGAGACAGUCUUUCCCGUCAUGUUCAUCAAUGAGAGUGUGGUGAUUGAUGAUGUUUCUGCGGCGAGAGUACACAAGCUGCUGCUGAUUGCCACGCUAGUGUCCCACUUCCCGCUCAUUAUUGUGGGACUGGGUGCCAUCAUGCUCCUAGUCUUAAUCAUCCUUCUUUUCCGAGCCUGCACACAGAAGAACGAAGUUAAGCGCACUGUGUUUACCAAGCCUCUCUAUGCUACCUCCAACGAAGAAGACACUUCUUACUCUCCAGUUAGUGACAAGGAAAAGGAAGAUCCUCAAAAUGGGACCUAUAUCUCUUUGACACCGAAAGGUGAACCACAGGCUUGAGGAGGGGGGAGGGGGGGUUAGAAGGGGGCUUUUUACAUCGACAAGCCACAGAACUUCAAAUAGGGAUUUAGGUUUUCAGGAGAGGGAUGGGAAUAAUCCAUAUCUCGUUUAUGAAUGGAAAUCUUUAGGGGUGUGAGGUUUAGGAAUUGAGGAGGGGAACAUGUUUUUAAUCAGUUUAGACUGUUUGGAUUAAUUUAGAUUAAUUUUAGCCAUGGACAACAACCUGAAGUCCAGUAUACAGUACACGCUGUUUUCCCAGAAAAUGAUGACAUUUUUUUGAAAAUACUGUGUGUCAAGGGCUACUUAUUUUCUGUUUGGUGAAGUCAGUUGCUGAAAGCUGUGGCGUCACUUUGUGGUGGUCUUCAACAAACAAAACACACCUUUUAAACCUCAGGUGUGGAAUAAAUUAGAUUUUAGUGCUGUGGCCUCGCCUCAUUCUCUCAUACCAGGGUAAUGAAGUCCAUUAACUGUGAGUUUUUUAGAUAUUAUAUGCCACUCUCAGGGGGCCUCUGCUUAAAUACUAUCAAACACUAUUAAAGGAAGAGGAGCGAAGCCAAACAUACGGCAAGCCUUCUCUUCGUGAAGACAUUCAAAUCAAUUCAGUAUUAUUAUGUUUCAGUUGCAUUUCAUCCUAAACUAAAUGUUAUCAAAACAUUUUCUUGGCUUGUUCUUGUUUUCUACUCAUGCACUGUUUUUAGAGGGACAUCUGUGGACGUCAUUAGCACCGCACCAUAGAAGCGCUCAAGAGUGUAUUUUUGUAUAUAUACAGUGCAAGGUGUGUUGAACUGUUUACAUUCCUCUCAGUGUAUGAUGGGAAUGAAUAUCAGACAAAACACUGAAUAUUUUAGAUAUUUAAUUUUUUGUAAAAUAAGAAGUCCUUCUCAUUUGUUGUAAAUGUUGAUGUAGAAAUGUUUGAAUGCAAAGUUAGAGCUUCACACUUGUGUUCUCGUGCCAUAAUGAGCUUUCAUGAGCCUUUUAAAGCCGAGUAUGAUGGAUUUUGUGGUUGAAAAGAUAAUUCAUACAGUACUGAAUUUGUAUGUUGACAGUAUUUUGCCUUGUAUAACUGCUUACAUUAACUAACCACCCUUUUAAAAUGCUUAUUAUCAUUUCAAAAUGUGCUUUUUUGAUGCUAUCGUUGAAGGCCUUAAUAACAUUGUUGGUGCUGAAUAUGAAAACCAACAAACCUUUUUUUCCCCAAUGUUUGUGAAAGACUUCAUGUGUGGUGUUCAGCCAUUGCAACGAACAACUCAUGGAGGUUUAGUAUGAAGAAUUAGUAGAAGAAGAAGUCGUUGUGCCUUCAAAAUAAUCAAUGUUACUGGAAUUGUUUUGUCUUUUAUAGUUUUCCCAUAUUUUGUGAAAAUGACGCCUUGUCACACCAACAAAUGUGCAUAUCAUUAUCUUCUAAAUACCAAACAAAACUGAGCAUGAAACUGCUAGGCGUUUUCAUAGUUUUGUCUUGCCGGUAGGGUCAAACUUUCUCACUCAAGGCUGGUGGAAUUAUCGGAUUACAGGUGCCAUUUAAUGUAAUAUUGUGAAUGCUGUAGAAUUACUUCAUUUGAACUAUAUUGAGCCCAGCUUUUAUUACUGCUCUUAUUCCUAGUUGUAACAUUUUAAGGAUGAAUGAGUUAGAUGCACUGAAAUAAUCAGCAAUAAAUCGAUCAGACAAUAGCGGAGAAGCUGUAACAAGUGUAAUUUCGAGAUUUCUGCUUCCUCAUUUGAUUUUACUAUUUGUGUUUGAUUGACUUUAAUGAGUCAUGUACAAUAAGAAAACCUAAUGAAUAUAGAAGAAAUUCACGUAGAGUGCAUAAUGUAGUUUCAUCGUAAAUGGGUGAAUGAAAGGAUAAAGAUGCAAACAAAAUUACAGUAUUACACAAUACUAGAAUUGUGGUCAAAAAAAGAUGAAUUAUUGUGUUGCGUUGGUAAAACCAAAACACAGAAAGCACCAUUUGGACUUUACACUGGGUUACUUUGUGUCGUGCUUUGAUAACAGAUUGUACUUUCUGAAAUUAUUGUUACUGCUAUAACCACUUAUUCUUUUAAUUGUCAAUUGUUUUGAAACACUGACUGUUAAUACUGUUUUUACUGUGUACACAAAAAUAAAAGUAGUUUCAGUAAA